AUGGCACUGUGUCUCGAGCCGCCGGCGGGCAUUGGCACCGUAAGUAGCCCGAAGGCGGACUCCUGGGAGCCACGUGUCUCAUCGGGAGGCCGGACGGGAGGUUGGACUCUCCGCGCGAACAGUCCGGUCACGUCCUCGCCUCCUUCGGGACCCGAGGGUGGCUUGGUCUCUUAUGCCCCCCGCUCGCUCUCUGCCGGUUCGCCUCGGGGGCAACCUUGUGCUACACUCUCCGAGACGGUCAAUACAACAGCCAUCUCAACCCCUGACAACAGCAGCGACCCUGCCAACACGACUGCCACCAACACCUCCGCCAACAGGGGACCCGCGUACUCUAGUGGGCCGCGACCUUGCCUAAAUCAUAGUGGGUCAAUAAGUUUCUCGGUGGCCUCGCUGUGUGGGGUUUCAUCUGAGCCAUGCGAGGUCAACCAGAUAUAUUGCCAAGACCGGCCCGGGAACUGCUGUGACCCGCCAGAGCAUCCAUGGCAGCCGCAGGCCCCGCCCCUACCACAAGCCCCGCCUUCUCCGCCUCGGAACACCAAUCCCCAAGCUCUGCCGCCUCCGCAGAGCCCGCCCCUUUACCCUCACGUGCUGUCGCUAUGGACAAACUGGUACUUUUGGGUGCUGGUGGCGCUGCUGCUGCUGUCGUGCACGGCCGGCUGCGGCUACUGGAGGAGGAGGAAAAUAUACGAGUCCUCCGCCUCGCAGACCCUUGGCCACGCCCACGCCUACGGGACGCCCACGCCCUCGGACGACACGCCCAUGUAUGGCCCGCCCUUGCCUUUCCUCCCGCCCACUCCCUACCCCGCCCCGCCGCCCUACAGCGAGGCGGCCAGACCUUCCUACGACCCCCUGGAGCAGCAUCUCUAUGACGCUAUGCUUGCAGGUCGUAGCGUGUACGACUUCUACGAUCGGCGUCACCCCAAUGCCUACUACGACCGCUACUUCCUCCCUGACGACACGUCCUCCAGCGAAACCACCUCUUUGUUGUCGUACCGUCUCCACCGGUCCUGUUCGGCGCACCUGCCACGCCAUCAUUCCCUCAGGAAGUGUGACAUGCUGGCUCCCCCGCCCUAUUCGGAGGUCGCGGCGAAGCCUGAACUCUACCCUGUGGUCGUGGUUCGCGGCGGGAUGCCAGAGGUUAAAUCUACCAAGUCAAUGACAGAAGGAGGCCACGUUACCCACACUUCUACCCAUUGGCCUGCGCCCUGUCACCAUUACAUCUAUAGAUCAGGCUCCGUAUCAACGCCCGAGGGAUCCCAGAGUUCCAGCUACACCUGUGGAGCCACGUUGCAGAGCGACUACGGGCGAUGCCGCGUGUCGUCCCCUGGCUGCGUGCUGGCGCUGGCUUCCCCCGCGUCCUCCGUGGGCCCCCACAACUCGGACGUGUCCAGUCUGCCGCCCACUUCGCCGCCCUCGCCGCCUGCGCCCACUUCCCCGACGUUACCGCCCUCUCCGGCCACCAGAGAGCUUCGCGAUGUCCUUCAGAAGAUCAGUCAGCUUCCUGGCGCCGCCUCGCCACCCCCGCUCACGCCCGGCCCCUCGCCGCUCUCCCCCUGUUGCCCGCCGCACUAUCGCCCUUCCAACGAGGCGCUGCACCUUAUGGACCGCUCGCUUCGCCACCACUACAGUCCCCCGCCACGGCAGCGCGCCCGGCGUCCCUUAGGGGCCUCUUUGUCCCUAGACGUCGCCGCCCCGACACGCCCGCGGUCCCUGCCUCUCACAGCCGUCACGCCCUCCUCUCCUCCCUGCCUGAAUGACCCGCCUUCGCCCCUCCUCCCGGCGUCCACGUCCACGCCCAACCUGGCGGCCGCCUGGCCCUCGCCCCCCGGCCGCACCAUGCUCGUGGCGGCGCUGGUCGACGGAGAGCGCGUCGUGCAGCGGCCCGCCAUGGAGGGGGACCCGGAGCCUCUGGCCCCGGGCGAGGGGGAUGGGGAGUGGGGCAGGGACGCCACGGACAGGCGCUUCAGGUGGAGAGCGAGGGACAGCACCCUCAUUGCCACGCCGAGGCGAGAUUUGCCGAUGCAAUUGGCUUCGGCGGGAGAGAUCGCGUCCAGGACAGGCCUGAAGGACAAGGACCAAAGAACCGAGUGGGCCGAGAGAGCAGAGUCCCCCUGGCCAAAGUCGGAGGCUCUGCUCGGAAAGGCCGAGGAAUGA